CAUCAGAAUAACUCGAACCUAGGUGAUUACGGCCAAACAGGCAGCAGGGAUAAGUUCUGUUGGAAACAAGGCGACGUAACAGUAACCUACCAUAGGACUUCAAACCGCCGCCGGCGAAGACGACGGUGACGCAGACGCCCCUUCGUAUCUUAGCUUACAGGGCUAGGGUUUUAAAUGAGAGUUAAAUAGUUAAUGACUAUCGAACAAUAAGCCUCAAGCACGAUGAGAAAGCCUCUAGGGCACAAGGAAAAGUACUCAAACAGAUACGAGAUCUCACAGAGUCACUUCAUUGAUGGCACAGCUGCAAGAACAAGACCUUAUAGCUUCGAUGAGAUAAUGCUUAGAAGGAAAAACAAAAAGCUAUCUGUAAAUGUUGAAGAUCAACGACUUGCUUCAGAGAUAGUCUACCCUAAAGAAGCCGAAAGUGUCUCUGGUCGUGUAGAAUCUGAUAGACACAGACAAAGGGAUGAACAACCUGCUCCUAAUGAACCCUUAACUGUAACUUCAAGAACAAAAGAGAACAAAUCCAUGAGGGAAGACCAAAAAAGAGUAGAAGGUGAACACAAAGAAAGUGUCGAUCUUCAAAGAAGAUCAAAGGCUGGUAGUGAUAACACAAAAGAUAGAAGAAAAGAAAGGGGUGUUCAUGACUUUGGUAGUGAACAUGAAAAGAGACAUGGUAAAGAUUCUUCAGUAAAAGAAAGGGACAGAAAUAUUGAGAGGAAUAGAGGGAAAUCUGAACAUCUCAACAGGCUGAAUCAAAAUGGAUACGAUGAGAGAAAUAGAGACAAGAAACUUGAAUCAAGAAAAAGACAUGAGAGAGAGAAAAGAAGGUCAAAUUCACCUUCACCAAAGGGAAAUAAACCAAGAUUACAUGAUGUGAAAGAUCAUGAAGAAAUGUUAUCCUCCUCACAUUCUUCAAAAGCAGGAAGAUUCGAUCCCAAUCUUGACAGAAAAAGGGUAUCAAACAAUGGAUCAAUCAACAAACCUAAAAGACACGAUUCAUCUGUAAGUCGCCUUGGUGGCUAUUCACCAAGAAAGAGAAGAAACGAAGCUCCAUCUCCAACUGAAUCAUCACCUGUGAAGAUCGAAUCAAAAACUCCUAAUCCAUUGACUUCUUUUCUUCCAAAUUUGAUGUCAUUAAACAAAAUUGAACUCCCUAACAUGGUUCCCCUUACUCCAAGUGUUCCAAUUCCAAAGCCAACAUUUGGAGUUCUUUCAUUUCCUUCAUUGAUGAAUACAUCAGUUGACUCUGUUCAGUUGACUCAAGCAACAAGACCUAAAAGAAGGAUUUAUGUAGAAAACCUGCCAUCUUCAGCCUCUGAAGCAGCUGUAGUGGAGUGGCUUAGUGGUUAUCUUCGACCUUAUGGUUUAAAUCAUCUUCAGAGCACUAAUCCAUGUAUUAGCUGCAUUGUGAAUAAGGAUAAGUGUCAAGCUCUUGUGGAAUUUCUCACACCUGAAGAUGCUUCUACUGCUUUAAGCUUUGAUGGAAGGUCUUUCAAUGGCAAUAUUCUUAAAAUCAGACGCCCUAAAGACUAUGUUGAAGCCACUACUGGUGUGUUAGAGAAGCAGCCUGUAGCUGUAGCUGGAGGAGCUUUUUCAGUUAAAAACAUUGUUCAAGAUUCUCCUAAUAAGAUUUUCAUUGGUGGGAUUUCAAAGAUUAUUACUUCUCAAAUGAUUAUGGAGAUUGCUAGUGCUUUUGGACCUUUAAAAGCUUUCCAUUUUGAGCAUAAUUCAGAUCUUGAGACUACUCCAUGUGCUUUCCUUGAGUAUGUUGAUCAAUCAGUGACUAUCAAAGCAUGUGUUGGUCUUAAUGGAAUGAAAUUGGGUGGUCAACUCUUGACUGUAACUCAAGCAACUCCAGAUAAUACUUCUUCAAUGGAAAAAAAUCAUGGAGACAAUGACCACCCGUUUUAUGGUACACCUGCACACGCACAACCGCUUCUCCAGAAACAAACACAAGUCCUCAAGCUCAAUAAUUUGGUGGACCCACAGAGCCUAUCGUCACUCUCUGAACAAGAAUUUGAAGAAAUAGUAGAAGAUGUACGCCUCGAGUGUUCCAGGUUUGGCAUGGUGAAAUCGGUUAAUGUUGUGAAGCCAACCAAGGUGUUGUCUACAAGCCCAGAUAAAGAGCCGCCGCCUGAAGAUGUGGCGGCUCCUACUGGCGGCGGUGAUGGUGGUGGCGUGGUGGUGGAGGAGAGGUUUGAGGGUGGUUGUGUGUUGGUGGAGUAUAAAAGAAUAGAAGCUUCUACAAUGGCAGCUCAUUGUUUACAUGGAAGGGUUUUUGAUGGAAGAAUUGUGAGUGUGGAAUAUGUUGGACAUGAUGUUUAUUGUGAUGGAGUUUUUCAUUUAAUGUUUUGA